GGGUACAGUUUGUCUUCACACCGGUGUUGUUGACAGAGAAGCUGCACAUGGCUCAGUGCUGACCCGCUGCUGGUUUCUGGGUUUUUGUUUUUUUGUCUCUCACAUCGAACACGUCGACUCGGGACUCAGAAGGACUCGGGACUCAGGGACGGGAUGGAGCUGUGUUCGUGUUCACGAACGCCGCCGGCUGCUGUGGAACUGUGACGGACACGACUGGUGUUUGUCUUUCUGAUCAAUACCAGACAGACUUUCAUGUUUUUCUGUUGCAACAUGGCCAGAAAUCAGAAGACCUGCUGGGGACAAGAUGACAUGGACAGACUUUGCUUUGGUCUGAAUCACGACAUAGAACGAAACCUGACAGAAGUUCAGCAGCAGCAAACCAUCAAUGGAUUUAAUGGCAGCAUCUCUUAUUUCUUCUCCGAGACGUUCACCCUGACACCUGAUAAAACACUGCAGGCCCAUGAGGGAGACCAGGUGGUCCCGUCUUCUCAGAGACGCUCAUUGUUCGGAGGCUACCAGAGGGAAACCAAGCCCCUCCCACCUCCGCCUGACCCUGAGGAGCUGAUGUCGGACGAGGCGACCGACAGCGAGGUGGAGUUUUUCACCAGUGACCGAUGUCGCCUGUUGCCUAAAAGCUGUCCCAAACCGCUGUGUAGGGUCGGUAAUAAAGGAUGCGGCCAAAUAAAUUACGCCUAUCAGGAUAGCGUGUUUCAGGAUGGCAGCACUGGGACGGACUCCAUGGCGUACUCUUGGCCAGGCAGUGAGGACAGAGCAGCAUGGGGAGGGUUUGAAUCUCAGAACUGGAUACAGGCUCAAGAGAGUCAUGUUUUUUGUGGUCCUGAGUCGAGACUCCACUUUUCCUGUUCCAGCUCUGCUUCCCACCAUCUCCCCGGCAGUAUCACAGCCUACCCACCUGACAAACCGCAAAUCCCCCCUCGUGUCCCCAUCCCACCAAAACCUUCCUCCAUGUCAAAGACGACCAACUCUUUGAGCAUUGGUGACGAAGACAAGCCCCCCAAAAUCCCUCCAAGAGUCCCCUUAGUCCCUGCGUGUCCACCACGCACCCCAAGCCCAAAAAGCCUUCCUAUUUAUAUAAACGGUGUGAUGCCCCCCACACAAAGUUUUGCUGCUAACCCGGAAUAUGUGAGCAGGGCAUUACAGAGACAGCAGAGUGAAGGGGCACCACCUGCAGCCCAGUGUUCUCCCUACAUUGUUCCGAUUUUGAAGGACGGCAGGCAGGCCAGCGCCACGCACUACAUCCUGCUGCCGGGCCGACCGGCAUGCACGGAGAGACGGGAGCGCCUGCUGAGUGAGCCGAACACAAAACCAAACUCCCGUGUUUGGCAGAACAGAUAGAAACCCUGUUAGUGUUUCAGCCAGUCUCAAGAGUGCUUCCACACCUAUAGGACUCAUAUUCAAAACAUCUCCUGGAGAAAAUGCAGUUUGGAACACACCAAGAAAUUGAUAAAGUAUGUGUGUGUUACAGCAGAGAUGACCAUCAGGUCUUCAAUUGUACAGAAGUAGGUAAUGCCAGUACCUACAGGCAUGGAGGCUGAAGGGGUUAGGGUCCAUUUGAAUCCAGUGACCUAGAACUUGAGCCAAGUGACUGACCUCUGGCUAACCCUGCCAAUCAUAUUCUUCCAAAAUUGAUUCUUUAAGAGGAAUUUUGGGGUCAACACUAUUGACUUACAUCAUUUGGUCAAAAGAACCUAAGAUGAGUCAGCUAACAAACACAGGCAGACGUGACCUUUGGCAGAUUUGACCAGGUUAUUCCGGAACCCCUCUCUAUAUGUGUGCCAAGUUUGGUGUUUGAUUUUUGACAAAUUUGACUUUGCCUAGGCAGUUCUAGAAUAUACGUCUCUAUCUUGGUGGACAGCAUAGUUAAAAAAAAAAAAAAAUCAGGAUGUUGACUAAUUAUCUUGACCUUUGCCAAAACAAAUCCUUUAUCAGCGGCGUUGGGGUUCACCAUCAUACACAUAUCAAGUUUGGUGUAAAUCGGCAGUAGAUCCUGGGAGGAAUUGGUGAACAGACCAAAGCACCUGGUUGGCAUAUUUUCAGGUCUGCCUGCUCUACUCACACCUGAUUAUUAAUUUCCCAGCUCCUCAUUGGCUGACCACACCUGUCAGAGUUAACUAGCUGUGGGUGGGGCAGGGAGAGAGGAAAAACAUGUAGGGCAGGUGCCCUGCAGGCUAAACGUUUGACCAAAACAAGCCCUUUUAAGGGUGAUCCUGGGGUCACCCUCCUUCCACAUAGAAAGUUGACCAGGGGUGAGAGUAGACCAACAAAUGGACACACGUGACAUUGACCCCAAUAAUUGACCUGGACUGGCGAGUUUGGAACCCACCUAUGGAUCAAAAGCUGCAGUGUGGAAGUGUGAAAGCACCCUCAAACCUGCCAUCAAGAUUCAUCAAGACCUGUGACAUCAUACUGUGGCGUCUGAUGUCUCUAUGUUUUUGCAGUACCGUAUACUUUCAGAUCACUUUAUGUCACCGAGCACUGUAGAGUUUAGUUUUCAUCUGAACAUUUUACCGGUCAGUAUUUUAGUAAACUACGACCCUUCGGCUGCUCCCUCGUUUGCACUCGGGGUCGCCACAGCAGGUCAGAGGUCGAUCUGCAUGUUGAAUCGGCACGUUUUACACCGGAUGCCCUCCCUGACACAACUCCACAUUACAUGGAGACAUGUGGCAGGGGUGGGGUUUGAACCAGGAACCUUCCGCACUGAAACCAAGUGUAUUUUAGUGACGUCUUGCUGAAAUCAUAAUGGUCCAGUGUUAUGAGUAAAUAAUUCCAUCGUAAAUAUCAUGGAAAAUGUGGUUUAAUGAUGUCAUGCAGGUUUCUGAUCAUGAAAAAGCAGCUGAAAGUCAUUUGUUCCAUUGUGUUUUUAUGUUUACGACUGUGAGCCACAUCACCUUUUUGAAAGCACUCUGAAAUGACUCGUUAACUUCCUUCCUGUACGAGCUGGUCUUGUUCCCGUGUUUUAUGAUCUGACUGAAGUCAGGAUGGCUUGUUGAGCGAUUUGAGUUUUUGUCGCAUUAAGAUGAACAACAAAUGAUGUGGAUGAUGUCGGAAUAACAAUACAUUAUGAACCACACAGUAAAAAAAACUUUCAACAGAUGGAUUUCUGUGAAUUACAGAAGGAACUUUAAUUUAGCAGGUUUUUCAGUGUGUAAAUGUAACUUAACUGUUUUUUCCUCAUGUAACUGUAUGUUUAAUUUAUUUAAUUUGCAAUCUGUGAUUGAAAUAUGAACAAAAGAAUUGUCCCACAAGACUGACGUCACUCACCGUCUCUGAAGGUUCUUCACUUAGUACAACUAAAUCAGUACCAGUGGUUUCUAAUGCUGUUCAGUUUUACAUUUUUUUUUAAAAAGUUGACAAAAUGUGAUCGCUCACCUUUAAGACGGUCAUAAUUUAUAUGAAAUUAGCUGAAAUAUAGUGUUCUAUAGACAAACUCAUACAGUCUGGUUUCCACGUUACAUUUCCACUGUUAAAGAGCCGCUCCAGGUUCAUAUCCAGUGUUAUUUACAGGAAACGGCAGGUUUGAAGUUCUCAUGGUCGUUCUCAGUCUGUCGGCCGUUUCUAUGUUCACAUUGUUUGUAACAUGUAAAUCUUUAUAAAAUUCUGUAUUUUUAAUCUAUAGAAAUAAAAUAACUUAUUCCCUGUG